CGGACGCAAAAAUCAGACCUCAACGAGAAUGCUGGACUCUAACAGUGAAAUGUCCAAACCUGAUAGACCGGAAGUGCCAGAAGAGCUUCAGCGCAAAGCAGAUUUGAUUAUCAGGGACUUCAGACGACUGGCCGAGCAGUACAUUCAUCCUUGGCCAAUCAAUAUUGCAAAAAAAGAUAUCUCUAUCGAGCAGCUGAGGUCGAAGAAAGACCUGCUCACUGGAUUGGACUCGCGCCUUCUGCCUCGACUCCAAAAGCAAUGUGUCAGUCUAGCGAGCUUGUUGCACGACCCAUCCCACUUACGAGAAGACCCGACCUUAACUCUCAACCUCAUCUCAGAGACCCAAACAAAUCUUCAUCUGAUUCUAAAAGGUUUGAAAGACGGAUUGCAAAAAUUAUAUCAAGAGUCUAUUCAAAUCAUCGAAGAAUUCAAGCUCUCAACCAAAAAUCAUACAAAUUUCGUUCAAGAGGCAUCUUAUAGUGUCAACGAAUCGAUCGAUAUAGCCAUCGGGUGGUCGAAAGGGCCCGACUUGAGUUUUGUCUGGGAUAUUUGGCAAGAUACGAUAGUCGAAUUCGAUAGAGACUUGCAAGAGCUAAUGGUCCAGAUGAGUCCCGCAAAGAUCUCGGAUGGAAACCCUGAAGACCCCCUGAGCCGACCAACAAUCGAAUUCGCUCGAUCAUUAAUCCCAAUCAUUAAACUAUCAAGAGUCUUUUUCACUAAACUAUUUCGAGAGGAAAGCAGGAAGGAAAAGGCGGAAUUUUUCACAACUCUGUGCUCUGAUCAACUAAAUUCUCUGAAUACAUCGAUAGACGUGAUCUCUGACUAUAUUUUCGCCUUACCGAUUUACAUCAAAAAUGCUCAUAAAUUCCCCCGGAUAGUUACUACUUCAGGAAUCAUCGAAGGACUCAAUAAAGCUACUGAAAUUUACUAG